CAGCAUUUAUGAGAGGGCGUGGCCUCCCCGUUUAGUCCCGCCCCUGUCCUGACCCCCACACAACGUGGGCGUGGCCUUUGCCUUAAACACCGCCCCCCCGCAAGCCCGCGGUGUGGGCGUGGCCUCUCCGAGCCCCGAGCCCUGCCCCCUUCGCCGCAGCGCCGCGGGCAGCGGUCCCGGUGCCGCCGGGAUCGGGAUGUCGUGAUAGCGGCGUGGCGGAGCCGGGCCCCACGACGGAGGGCUCGGUGGAGCAGCGGGCCAAGGGCCGCGCCCCGAUGAAGGAGAAGGAGGCGGGGGCGGAGCGGGGCAAGCCCGCCACUUACACCGGGGACAAGAAGGCGCGCAUGGCGGCCAAGACCAACAAGAAGUGGGUGCGCCUCGCCACCGUGCUCGCCUACGUGCUCUCCGUCUCGCUCGCCGCCAUCGUCCUCGCCGUCUAUUACAGCCUCAUCUGGCAGCCGGUGCGCGGCGGCUCUGGCUCCGGCCCCGGCCCCGGCCCCGCCGCCUCCCCGGCCCCGCCGGCCCCGGGCCCCGCGCGGGACGCGCCCUCCGCGCCGCCGCCGCCCGCCCACACCGACCGCGCGGGGGCCCUGGCGGGGGGCGGCGGGCGCUGAGCGGGGCGGGGGUCACCGGCACCGAGCGCUGGGGACCACCCCGGCUCUAAUCCCCGGAGCAUCAGUACCGAGCGCUCGGCGGGGGCUCACCGGGAGCAUCGGGAGGCGGUGGGGACCGAGACCGGGACCGAUUGCUGAGCGCUGGAGACCGGGACCGGAAGGCAGCGGCGGGGGUUCACCGGGAGCACAGAGAGGCGGCAAAGACCGGGACCGAUAGCUCGACGGGGGCUGACCGGGAGGCAGCGGCGGGCACCGGGACCGAUCAUUCAGCGGGGGCUCACCGGGAGCACCGAGAGGCGGUGGGGACCGGGACCGCUCGG